GUAACUCAAGAUGAAAAAUUCGUGUGCGAGUAUCACUGAUUCAGCCUCCAUAGUCAACCGCUCUAUCCGGAGCCUCUCCAGCAAUAAUAUGCUAGGCUUCAGGAUACCGCAACCAACGGCGGCAUCGACCGUGCUCAUCGUUCUUCUCUCUCUCCUCCCGACAGCUCUUGCCGACGGCAUCGGCCUGAUAGGAUGGGGCAAGCACAUGUAUCAACCAGCAUGCGCCUUUGCGUGCCGCAAUAUCGUGAGGGCAUGCCCGCUCCUGUGCACGCCCAAGCCCGGGGGCAAGAACUACGGCACCGUGCACUCGCCAAACUGGACGCCUCCCGAGUGCUUCACCACCGACCAGGCCUUCAUGCGUACCAUGGCCCUCUGCAUCGACAACUACUGCCCCAUCUCGGACAGACCAACGAUGUACAUGCUGCAGGACUAUUGGGCAUCACACCUGGCUGUGACAACGGUUGGCAAUUACCAGUGGGUGCCUAGCAUGUCCUUGGCCGAGGCGGUGAAUAGUGCCCGCGCGGAGGAGAAGGCCAAGGAGGAUUCAAUGGGGAACAAUUCUACAGGCCAUGCAGGCGGUAGUGACAAUGGAGGGGGCAGCCACAGUGCUCACAGCCGGCUCAAAGCCCGCCAACACCACGGAGCCUCCUCGGAAUCGGGAAACAGCACGCAAAGGUUCACUAGUGCGCUGCCUACUAUCAAGGCUAGAGCGCCAUUGAACGUGACAAGCUUUAUUCUGUGGGAAGACUGGCAGAGAGCGUACAACGGCGCGACGUUGUUUGAAACCAAUGAAGUAGGGCAUUCAAAUGCGACAAUUGCCGUUCUCUUCACCGCCCUGUUCAUUCCGGUCCUGUUUUCGAUGCUCCGAUUCAUCCCCGGCCUAUCUAGAAGUCGCACAUGGACCUGGAUCAACUGCAUCAUUAACCAUCCUGCGGCAUUUGGUAGUCAUCACCGCCAGCCUGUCGCAGCCGCAAUAGGAGGUGUCAUCGUACCAACCCGGGGCCAGGUGUUGUACAUUGCCCUGAUCAGCCUCCUGAACUUCAUCCUCCUGGUCGCGCCCUACUACUACGUCUACCCAAACAGCACGUACCCGAUCCGGCGUAACCAAGACCUGGCCACCAUCGGUAACCGGGCGGGGAGCAUGGCCAUGGGUAACGCUGCAGCGCUGUUCCUCUUCUCGGCGCGCAACAACGUGCUGCUCUGGCUGACCGACUGGAGCCACGGCACCUUUCUCCUGCUGCACCGCUGGCUCGGCGUCUGGACCAUCCUGCUAACCGUCGUGCACUCAUGCCUGCUGCUUGCCACCUACGUCGAGUACGGCGACUACGCCAUGGAGCUCGCCCGCCUCUACUGGCACUGGGGCAUCGUCGGCACCGUCGCCGCCGUCGCCCUCUGGCCCACAUCCAUCCUGGCCCUGCGCCGCGCCGCCUACGAGCUCUUCCUGCCGCUGCACCAGCUCCUGGCCAUAUUGUUUCUGGUUGGGUAUUAUUACCACAUCUGGUAUCUCUACCAGUACCAGUGGGGCUACGAGAUCUGGGUUUGGAUUGCUGUGGGCUUCUGGGGUCUCGAACGCGUCUUGCGCCUGGGCAGGAUGGCUGUGAAGGGGCUUCGUACUGCCCAAAUCUCGGCCGUGGAGGGUUCCAAAGGCGAAUACCUCCGGAUCGACAUUGACGGCGUGCGCUCAGGCGGAGUCGUGUACUUGUGCUUCCCGACUCUGAGCUGGAUGUUUUGGGAGAAUCAUCCAUUCUCGGUCUUGUCCUCUGAAGCCACAGAUGUCACCGCCACCGAAAAGCCUGAAGCAACAGAAAAAACAAGCGCCCUCUCGGAGAAAACCUGUCCUCCAACCGAAAAGCCCACCGCUGGUGUGGUCAGCAUGCCGUCGCCAUCCAGCCCAUCCCAUAACACACUCGUGGCUCCCACCUCAACCAACAAGACGCCUAGUCAUCCACGCACCACCAUCAUCGUCCGCACCCGCACCGGCGUGACGGCCCGCCUCGCAGCACGCCUAGCCAACGCCGCUUCCACGUCCAGCACGCCGCUGCGCCUCCCCGUGCUGAUCGAGGGGUCGUACCGAUACUCCAGCUCGGCCGAGCAGCGACUGCGCGGCUGCACCUCGGUGCUGUGCAUCGCCGGCGGCGUGGGCGUCACGGCUGUUCUCCCGCUGCUGCUGCUACUGCUGCUACACAGCAAAACGGCUGCUUCAUCGGCGAGCACGCGCGGCCGGCUGGUCUGGGGCGUGCGCGACGGCAGCCUGCCCGCGGCAUUGGCGCCGGAGUUGGCUUCGCUGCAGACCGCGGGCUUCGAGGUGGAGACGAGCGUCGGCAAGAGGGUCGACGUCGCCGCCGUGCUGGAGCAGGAGCUGCUUGCAGGUGGAGGCCUGCUGGGAGUGGUGGUUUGUGGGCCGCCAGGGAUGGCGGAUGAGGUGCGUGCGAGGGUGGCGCAGCUGGGGAGGAGCGGGAGGCGUGCGGUUGUUUUUGUUGAUGAAGCUUUCAGUUGGUAGGCCAUUUACAACAAAGAGUAAAUGCAGGCAGGUAAAAACAUUAAUAUGGCCAUGUAUUUCUACCUGUGAAAGAUCCAUGUCAGGUUUGGAAUUAUAAGAUGAGAAGAGAAAAAACAAAAGCACCUUAGAUGAAUGCCCACUUAUCACCCAAG